UCGCUGCGCUCAGCCGUUAGCAUCGGGGCUAACGUGGACCCAGGCGACGUCUCGUAAUGCUGCGCUGGUGCUGGAUGGACGCGCAACGCUCCACAUGAACACUCCUCGUCAAGUUAUUUAUUUUUAUGCGGACGCCUGGAACCGAUACAACCGACUGAUAUUAGAAGCCAAAACGUCACGGAGAAAACACCGGCAUGGGGUCUGAUUAAAGAGUAACGUGUCUACGGAAGGAAGAGAUGCUAAUGCUAACUGAUGGGAUAAUACAGAAUGUCGACCCCCAAGAAAAUGUCCUGUGGGCUGUGGAAAGAGACCCUGGCUCUGGCGGAGGACUACCUGUCCCUCUGCUGCAAGAGCCCGCGGCCAGCCCCCUCGCCUCCCAGCGAGUCAGCCGCCGCCAUGAGACGCCUGGCCCGGGACAUGGAGAAGCAGCACCAGGCUCGCUUCCACGCGCUCGCCCAGGCCUUCCUGCGGCAGUGCGGGCCGGACCCCUGCACCAGCCUCAGGGCGGUGAUGGAGGAGCUGGCGGGAGACGGACACUUGAACUGGGGCAGGGUCAUCUCCAUUUUCACCUUCGCCGGGGUGGUGGUCAGGCAGCUGCUGGAGCAGGAGGGCCCGAAGCCGGGGCUGGACCCCGGGCAGGAGCUGGCACAGGGGCCCGGGAGCUGCAGGGGACUGGCAGAGACCAUAGCCGAUUACCUGGGAGAGGAGAAGAAGGACUGGCUGCUGGAGAACGAUGGAUGGGAUGGGUUCUGUAAGUUCUCCCGCAGUGCCAGAGAGAUGAGCCAGGACUCGUCGAUGAAGACGGCUCUGUUUGCUGCUGCUGGCGUGGGGCUUGCCGGACUCACCUUCCUGCUGGUGCGCUAGUCCAGACGCCCGCGUCCUCGAGAACGUUCUCAUUUCUUUUGGCACAAUUUUAGUAGACAUUUGAAUUUUAACGUCAAUGCUGCAAAACAGGGCUUAAUCUGUAGUAAAAUCAGGGUUCUGAUCUCAAAUCAUCAACUGAAUGUUUACACAUACACCCCCCCCCCCCCCACACACACGCACACACGCACACGCACACACGCACACACGCACACACACACACUGACAUGCUAGUUCUGACAUUUUCUCACUUGCUCCUUAAGAUUGUAAAAAUGAUCUCGAUGCCUUCAUGAACUUUGGAGUAAGUGUCAGUUUGCAUAUUUUUGACAGGUUCAUUUCCCGAGCACAUAUUUCUCCACAGAAUCAUCUGGCUCUCGAGGUUUGUAGUUUCAAUUGUGCCGCUAAAAAAAAUCUUUUCAUUUCAAUUUUCCCACAGAUUUUGAGUUUUGACAUUUGUCAGCUGCCUUUUUAUUCACGUGUUUACCUGAGUUGUGUAUGUGGUAUAGAACCAUAUUAGUGUACAAUGUAUAAAUUAAUAUAUUAUAUUUAUAUGAAAUGACACUGUAAGGCAGUGGCCCUUUUCUAACCGCUCCACAGCUGACUCGGUUGUUUCAUUUUUUGAAGUCUGUCCUACUUUCGUGUGAACUGUCAUUGGGUCACUAGAGCUGUUUGCCGUGGUGACGACCACACAAUGGUGCUACGAUAUGUUGUGAAAUGUUUCUCAUAUCAAACCAGGGACCAAUCGAACUUUAAACAAACCAUUAGAUCAAACCGUUGCUAUGGCGUUUUCUCCCCCAGAUCUCUUGAACAUUAUAUUUUUACAUUGUUUUGUUCUAUUUAUUUGUCACAGUCUUUGUAAUAAAAAAACAAAUUACAUCAAUAA